UCCGCUAGGCAUUUCGGCUGAUUCGCCCGAAUAAUACAAACAAGCCGCCGGACAUAGUGGAUUCGGUUGAACAUGAGAAAAACCGCCUGCUUAUGAAUUAACAUAAAUUUAGCCUCCAUGAAUGCAUGCUUUUUUAUAUUUCUUCACUCUUUUGGAAGUGGCAGUAUAUAAUUGCGCAUGAACUGGGAUAAAAUAUCCAGUGACAAAUAGCUAAUCCUAUAAUAGGAAACACACAGUAACACUCCAGUAUGGCGGAAAGUAUGAUGAGUAAAGCAGCCACUAUGGAGAUUCCUAUUAACAGUAAUGGGGACUCUAGGAAUCUGGCAGAAGAUGACAGCCUGGAGCAGGCUGCAAAGAUUCAGUGGAGCUUAAGAGAGAAGGUAGGGAGUCCCGCAGGCCUCAGGGACUUACAGCAGGUCAUGGUGUCUGGGCCCAACCUAAAUGAGACCAGCGUUGUAUCAGGUGGUUAUGGAGGUACAACAGAAGGCAUCAUUCCAACCAGUUCCAUCAAAGACCUGCGAAUGAAGUCUAGGGGUGUUAACAUUGCCCCAAGCCAGAUUGCUGCCUGCCGAAUAGCCCACCAAUCAGAAGACAUCCCCUGUAUCCCAGGGUCCAACAUGCAUCACGGCAGUAGCAAUUCCUCCAUGACUGCAGAAGAGGCCACAAGAGGCGUUGCUGUGGAGAAAUUUGACAUUGUGAAGAAAUGGGGCCUGAACACAUACAAGUGCACCAAACAGCUGAUCUCGGAGAGGUUUGGCCGUGGCUCACGUACUGUGGAUUUGGAGCUGGAGGCUCAGAUCGAGGUUCUGCGGGAAACCAAACGGAAGUACGAAAAUGUGCUGCAUUUGGCGCGAGAUCUAACCAACCACUUUUACAGCAUGGUGCAGACGCAGCACGCCCUCGGAGACACAUUUGCCGACCUCAGUCUUAAGUCUCCAGAACUUCGGGAUGAGUUCGGAUAUAAUGCAGAAACACAGAAGUUGUUGUGCAAGAAUGGAGAGACUCUGCUCGGUGCCAUCAACUUCUUUGUGUCCAGCAUCAACACAAUGGUGAACAAAACAAUGGAAGACACAUUGAUGACUAUCAAGAUGUAUGAGAAUGCCAGGCUAGAGUUUGAUGCGUACAGGGCAGAUCUGGAAGAGUUGAACAUGGGCCCACGGGACGCUGUUACUAUGGCUCGUAUCGAGGCUGCUCAGCAGCAGUACCAGAUCCACAAGGACAAAUAUGAACGUCUCCGCAGUGAUGUCAGCAUCAAGCUCAAGUUCCUGGAAGAAAACAAGGUCAAAGUGAUGCACAAGCAACUUCUGCUGUUCCAUAAUGCCAUCUCUGCUUACUUUGCUGGAAACCAGCAACAGCUGGAACAGACCCUCAAGCAGUUCAACAUUAAACUCAAACCACCAGGGGCUGACAAACCUUCUUGGCUGGAAGAACAGUGAAAGUGCCCGUUUACCCCUGGUUUCCUGUUAUAUGUUUUACCCACACAGAGCAACACAGUAGGACCAUAAGAGACCAGCGUUCUGAUGCUAGCAGAGACAGGGGCUCCAACAAAGCCUCCUUCACACUAAAUCUCUCUAUACUUCUUCUUCUCCUCCUCCUCAACCUGUUCUUGCUCUGAGACUGUUUUCAAGUGUCUGAAUAGUCACCUCUAGCACAGUAUGUAACCGGUCUUUAAGGCUCCAAUCAAAUGUCAAAGGUAUCAGUUUCUUCAUCCCUAUAAAUAUCAUUAAACUAACUGAAGCAAUCUUUCUGAUAUGUCCGUCAGAACAGCUUUGAUCCAGAUUUUGCUCAGUCUUACGCUCUCUCUCUCGGUCUGUGACCACAUCUUUAGGAACUUUUUCCUUUUGUUUUUCUGUGAAAAGCGUUUUAUUUUGCUACUAUUGUCUUUUUCUGUAUUGUAGAUUUGGUUUUGUAGUUAAUGGGGGAUGCAAAUUAUUCCUAUCACAGAGCUUUCAGUGUCGGUGGUUCUAACAAAAAGUAAUAUUAUUUUGAUAAAAUUCCAAUAUAGUUUUAUCUGA